AUUCAGGCUACCUUCUAGGUUCGCCCGAAUCCCCUACUACACUCCAGCGUCUGCUGAAGAGCAGGAGUGCAAGGAACAAUAUCGUGCGAAGCCACCGAAGGCCUGCCUUGAUCUUCAGUCUUCAGUCGCGAAUACAAUUCGCGUCAGCGACAAUGAAAGUGAACGGUGUUCAUAGUGCGCAUUAGUGGGCAGUCGGCAGUGCAACAUGUGCCGGUGGUGACACCGUUUUGUGCUUAUAUAGCUUUCGUUUCUUCAUUUUGCUAUUGGUGAAGAUGAAGAGCGACGUACAAAAUACCCUUCAUCUAUGGCUAGGAAGAAUUUGGAAGACUGACCAAAAUGAAGAACGGAGUAGGAAAGUGACGUCACCAUUUUUGAAACAGAGCUUACUGGCGCUUGGACCAUUUCUCUUGACUGUGGGCUUAGGCAUGACAUCUGGAUAUUCGGCAAUAUUACUUCCUCAAUUGGAACACGAACAACAUGAAUUCAACAGCACUAUCACUAUUGAUGCAGAGCAAGCUUCUUGGAUAGCAUCCAUGGCAGCACUUCCAAUGGCUAUAGGAUCAAUGCUGGGAGGAGUUCUCUUGGAGAAAUUUGGAAGGCGGGGCACCCAUUUACUUACUUGUUUUCCUACAGCUCAAGGAUGGCUCUUGAUAUACGUAGCUGUCAACACUAAGAUGAUCUUGGUCGGAAGAUUCCUAACAGGUUUUUGUGCUGGUAUUCUUGGAACCGCUACCGGAGUAUACUUAGGAGAAACCGCAGAGCCAAAACACAGAGGUUUCUUUCUAGCCGGAAUAUCUUUCGCGAUAUCUUUCGGUUUGUUCCUAGUACAUCUACUGGGUACAUAUCUACACUGGCAAAUGACUGCUCUUCUAUCCGCCCUGAUAUCUCUCACAAGUUUCAUGCUCCUGCUAUUUGUACCAGAAUCACCGAGUUGGUUGGCGAAGAAGAACAGGCAAGAAAAAGCCAAGCAUGCUUUCCAUUGGUGCAGGGGGUACUCAGACGACGCGGUAAAAGAACUCAACAUCAUGUUGCAGCGGCAAGAGGCAGAAAAGGAUAUUAAGAUCAGUUUCAAGGAGCUAGCUGUACCUGAAUUUUGGAAACCUUUGGUUAUAAUAAUAGUAUACAUUGUAGCAAAUCAAUGGGUAGGAGUGAAUGCCAUAACUUUCUAUACAGUCGCAAUAAUGAAGGAUACUAUAGGGGAUGGUCUGGAUGAAUAUCUUGCUAUGUUACUGGUAGAUGCUGUGAGAGUCAUAAUGUCAGUCAUUGCUUGUAUUCUAUUAAGAAACUGCACCAGAAGAUCCUUAGCACUUAUAAGUGGUGUAGGAACAUUCGUAUCUCUAUUCACAUUGAGUUUCUUUACAUUUUUCUCAAAAAUGUACCCUGAGUUCUCCUUGAACUGGGUUCCAGUACUCUGUCUCUUCCUCUACAUUGCAACAAUCUCUAUAGGUUUCGUUCCUUUGCCAUGGGCUCUAAUCGGUGAGCUCUUUCCGCUUAAAUUUAGAAGUACUGGUAGUAGCAUUUGUUCUUUCAUGGCUUUCACAGCAUUCUUUUCUGUCGUGAAAACCAGUCCAGGAAUGUUCAGGUCGAUUGGGAGUAGCGGAACUUUCUUGGUGUAUGGUAUCGUAGCGCUUUUAGGUACGAUUUUCGUAGCGUUGUUUUUACCAGAGACUAGAGGGAAGCCGUUGCAUGAAAUUGAAGAUGGGUUUAAAACGAAGAAAGUAAGUGAUAAUAGUGAUAGUAAUAAUAAUGGAACGGUUACAUAAGUGAGGUAUUGUUUGUAUUUUGAUUAAUAAAUAUUUGUUUUUAAGUACCCAUUGUUGUUUACAGGGAGGUCAUGUUUUCGUUAACGUAUACAUACAAUACUUGAAAAACCCCGCAGUUUUCUUAUUGAAAAUAGCUUUAGGCUAAAUCAGUUGAAUUUUUUUUCAACAUUACAAUCAAAAGACUCAAUGGGCCCAACCCCAGAAGACCCUCCCCGAACCUCCGUGGAGGUUUAAGUAUACAAAAAACUAAAAAAAGUAGUGGUCGUAUAGUUGUUCUUAAGUCAUCG